AUACAUUCAUUCAUCUUCCAUUAUACUAUGAAAAUUCUAUUUUCUAACCUAGUAUCAAUAUUCUACUUAUAAUAAGACUAUUUUAAAAGAAGUGUCUUCAUCAGAUUUAUUUAUUUUAAUUUAUAAAAUUAAAUUAUAUAAUGCAAGAAUUUUGUCCAUUAUGCGAUAAAAGAGGAUUCAGAAGAAGAAUAAAAGCUUUACAAAUUAAUUUUCAUGAGGCUAUAUGGGCAUGUGAAGGAGAAGAAUGUGAAUGGCCAUUUGGUCAUGCAGACUUUAUAUUCAUCCAAAGGAAAGUUGGAAAUACUUGGUCAUGUUAUUGGGAUGAUUUUAAUUUGAAAACAAUGAAUAAUUAUGUACCAGUAUCUACAGAAUUAACAUUAUAUACACCCCCAGAAACUCCUUCUACUGAUUCUGUUUUAAAAGAAUUUUUAACAGAUCAUGAUGGAUACUGCUUAAAAAAUAAUGAAUCAGAAAAUAUUGACAAUAAAUCUCAAAAUGUUGACAUACAUGUAGAAGACUGCGAACAGGAUCAAACUAAUGAUCAGCCUUUUUAUAAAAAUGAUAAAAAUAAUCCCUAUUAUGAAAAUACCAAUAAUAUAAUCAGCAUAGAAAAUGUAUCUAAGAAAAUACUUUCAAGAACAGAAGAAUCUAAUUUAAAAGAAAAUAUUAUAAAUUCAAAAUAUAGUUGCAAUGCUAAUAAAAUGAAAAAUGACUUAGAUAAUUGUGUAACCAAACAAAUAGAAAAUAACAAAGACACGUCAAAUAUUAGCAAUAUUAACAAAAAUCAUAAUGAUGUAGAAUCUCCUAAUUCUACAUUAGAUCCAAAAUUGCAAAUAAAUAAAUUUACUGGAGAAAGUACUACACCUUCUAAUUUAAAGGUAACAAGAGUGGAAAUAGAUGGUUUACCUAUAACUGUCUCUUAUGAAGCAUCUAUAUCUCCACUUAUGCCUAUCACAGUACCAAAAAUUAAUGCAAAUUUUAUUACAACAGAAUGUAGUAACACCUCUCAGUCAAUUGACUCAAGUUCUUCUAUAACUACAUUGAAUACAAUUCAUAAAACAACUAAUAAACAAUUAAAAAGUAUAUCUGUAGGUAAACAAUAUAAAAAAUUUGAUUUUCAUGCCAUAAAAAGAAAAUCACAGCCAACUGUUGACAAUAACGAUCAAAGUUCAGACAGUAAAUGUUUAUCGAAUUCAAAUGAAGAUAUCUCUAAUAUUAAAUCUAGUAAAUCUAAUCUACAUUCUAAUAUUCAAAUUCAAAAACAAAAUUCACCUGAAACUAUUAAACCUUGUCCUUCUUUGGAUGUUAAUGACAAUGCAAAGGCAAAAGUUGUGACAAAUGAAUCAUUGGAAAAUCCUACGGUGGAACCUGAAAUAAACGUAGAAAAUUUAUUAAAUGAUUUAUUGAAAAGUGAUGAUACGUCCAUAGAAAUAAAUAAAAAUUAUGAAAUAUCAAAUAAUGAUGAAGAUUGGAUACAUUCUUUGUUAUAUUAAUUUAUAAUUUAU